AUGAAGAAGAAGAAGAAGAAGACUGUCGUAGCUGAUGUCGAAGAAUCACCUGCCCCCGCUCCCGCUGCUGAAGCUCAUGUCGAACCAACUCCCGCCGCUACGUCAAGUGCAGUUCCGGAGGUAGAUUCGGGAGUGGCAACUCCAGUUAACGAGGGUGAAGGAGAAAAGCCUGCGGAGGAAGCUGGUGAUCUGUUCGCUGAUAUGAAGAAGAAGAAGAAGAAGAAGAAGGAUAUCCCAUUAGAUUUGGAAUCUGCCGAACCAUCAUCAUCCGUAACCGAAGGAUUGGACUUGACGAAGAAGAAGAAAUCCAAAAAGACAGCUGCAUUCGCUCAGGAAUUAGAUGAUCUCGAUAACGAGAAUGAUGAACAGAAUGAUGAAGCUGGUGGUGACGAAGGCGAUUUGGGAGAUGAUGUGUUCUCGAAAUCGAAUAAUGCAAAUGGAGAGGAUGGAUCGAGCACUGAAUCAGGGAAGGAAGCUUGGGUGGUUGAGGGUAGAGAAGCUACAUAUCCUGAGUUGCUCAAACGAUUCUUUGGUCUCCUCCACGCACACAACCCCGAACUUGCCGGUGAGAAACGACGAUACACCAUUGUCCCACCCCAAGUCGCAAGGGAGGGGACCAAGAAGACUGUGUUCGCCAAUAUCUCAGAUAUCUGCAGAAGGAUGCACAGGCAACCCGAUCACGUCAUUGCUUUCCUGUACUCUGAAUUGGGUACGACAGGUUCGAUCGACGGUGCUCAGAGAUUGAUCAUGAAAGGUAGAUAUACUCAGAAACAAAUUGAAAAUGUGUUGAGGAAAUAUAUCGUCGAAUACGUUACGUGCAAGAUCUGUAAAUCACCUGAUACGUUGUUAGGUAAAGAGAACAGAUUAUAUUUCAUGACUUGUGAAUCUUGUGGAUCAAGACGUUCCGUAUCUGCCAUCAAAGCUGGUUUCCAAGCUCAAAUCGGAAAGCGAGUCAAAGCGGCCUAA